AUGAGUAGCGAUUUGACAGCAGGCAAACUGUUGGACUACGCAGAGUUUUUGGCAAAGACAGAAUUCACCGAUGUAAACACUGUCGGUUACGAAAGUGUUAAAGAUGAAACCAAUGUCAAAAUGUACAGCUUGUCAGCACCGUCUUCAUCCUCGUUGGUUGAAAAAAUCGAUACGCUUUCGAAAAAUCCAAGAAUGAUCUCGGCCGAAGCAGGAAAUGAUCUGAGCGCCACAUCCAAUGAAUUCAGGCAUGCAGUUCUCUAUUCUGAUGCGAAGAAUCUGGCAGAAGCGUUAUCAACAAGCCCAAAAACCUUUGACGCAAUCAAGGCACCACCACCGAAACUUUGUUUUAUCGUUACAUGUCAAGGGUCACAGUAUAUGGGAAUGGGAAAAAAUGUGUACGAAUGGUCGCCAGUAUUUCGGUACCACUUCGACGAGUGUGACGCUAUAAUAAUGGAAAAUUAUGGCGUUGGUGUCAAGGAGUUGAUGUAUUCAGAUCAAGACGACUGGAUGGGGAACCCAUUGAAGGCUCUGCCAUACAUUUUGUCUUUGGAGUACGCCCUCUUUCGAUUAUAUGAGUCGUGGGGCAUCAAACCAGAUUUUGUUUUGGGUUUGAGUUUCGGCGAAUAUGGAGCUGCAGUUAUAAGUGGAAUGAUUUCGUUGAGAGAUGCUUUCAAAUUGAUCAUGAAUAGGGCGAAGAUGGUCAUCGAUAACAUCGAGGAAGAGGCACUGGGAGUGGUUGAAUUAAAUGUCAGUAAAUUUGAUACGAUUAUGGAACAACUGAAGAAAGAAGAUGGUAUGGAAGAAGCGUGGCUGGAUAUAGCAGGUUGCAACUCACCACUUCAAACUUGUGUUGUUGGAUAUCGGAAAACUGUUCAUAAAUUUGUGGAAAUUUGCAGAGGAACCGGUGCUAGAUGCAUGCUGAUGGAUCCAUACCAUCCGUACCAUUCUGAUUAUGUGCCUCUGUCAUUCCACAAUUCGAAACGAUCACUUCACAAGUCCAGUACAAUAAAGCCAUCAAUGGAACGUUCAUUUCUACCGUGAGAAAUGGCAAAAUAAUGGAAACUUUGGAUAAGGAUUACUACUUGGAGCACUUGCAAGGACGUGUUCUGUUCGUGAAUGCUAUAGCGACUGCGAUUAAGAAUGAGGGAGUUACUCACUUUUUAGAAGUUGGACCACAUCCAAUCAAUAUUCCGUUGGUGAAAGCCAUACUGCAGAAUGCAUACCCUGAGCUGGGCACCAACUUUGAUUUUUAUUCGUCACUAUUAAGAACAGAAAGUGAUAGGUCAACGUUGUUGAAUACUUUGGGCAAAUUAUAUACGGCCGGAUGUAGUGUAAAUUGGGACAAUGUCAAUAAAUUGAUGGAUCAGUAGUGUCGAAGUAAGAAGAAAGUCUCCGUUUGG